AUGCCCGCCACAUCAACACUUAUGAGCCUUCCAAACGAGGUGCUCAUCCUCAUUGCGAAGUACCUUGUUGAGCCCUGGAACAAUACAGACGUACACACUUGGCGGGACGGUCCAAAAGCGCCGACACCUUGCACCGCAAAUCUCUGCCUCACCUCAAAACGGCUUCGAGAUAUCUCUCAGCCACUUCGCUUUUCACAGAUCACUGUGAAGAGCAAUCUGCAGAUGUUGCGUCUUUUGCGGAGUCUUCUGAGAGUGCCCUCUCAUUGUCAGAAAGUCCAGUCCCUCAGAGUCGGUUACGGCAGGUUCAAGCGUUUCCCAUUGCGCAAGGACUACGACGAGGUCCCAGCAACCUUCAAGGCUGGGGCAGACGCUACAAGCGAAAUCCCGGGCAAAAUUUCCCCGACCCUACAAAACGUUUUGAAGCGCAUCGAGGCUAUUACAGGUUUCGACUUUGUUCACCACAGCGAGUUGAUCAGCGAUCUCGACGAACCAACCUUUGAAGCACUUCAAGCCCUGAACUACUGUGACGGCCGUCAAACCACCUGUUUGUUAGCCGAUGAUCUUACAAGCUCAAAAUUUCUCCCAGAACUCGGAAGCCUGCAUUUUCAGAGCAGUGCGCCGUCCACGGGCCCUCAAUGCCAUGCUUUCCUGCCAACGCUGGCGCGACUUCGCAGCAUCAGGCACAUGGGUGCGAUUUUUGCAAGGCCUCUUUCCCAAGAAGCUUCCCAACUCACCUCCCUCGACAUGACGACUACUCCGACCAGGGCCGACGCUUUGUUGGAUGUUCUCGAAUCUUGCCAAGACUUGGAACGUCUAAGCAUCACUCUCGAGUCCGUGAGCUUCCGCGAUGAAAGUGAAGACGAAGUUCAGGCCUUCGUCGACAGGGAGGUGGACACUUGCCUGUGCCCGAAGCUCGUGAGCUUAAGAGUGGAACAAAAGGCCAAUUACACUGCGAGCUAG